GAUUUAUUAUUAAGUCUUUGAGGAAUGUUUAUAUUAAUUUUCUGCUGGAAAUUAAGAAAAUUUUGAAAUCUCCCAACCCUUUUCUGAUUUUCCAUUUGCAUGUUUUUAAUUAUUUUCUAAUCUCUCUUAGUACUUCUUCUCUCUCUCUAAUUGCUUCGUCUCUGCUCUUAUAAAUUCAACCCAUAAAUCUCUUAACAACUCUCUCUCUCUCUAAUAAGCCAUUAAAGGGAGCGAGGAGCUUCCAGUUUGGCCAUACAAAGAAAAGCUUUUCCGCAACAAGAAAGAAGAAUAAUGGGAUUCUUCUCUUUUCUCGGAAGGGUUCUGUUCGCCUCCCUUUUCAUCCUCUCUGCCUUGCAAGCGUUCAAUGAAUUUGGUGAUGAUGGUGGGCCUACGGCCAAGGAGUUGGUUCCUAAAUUCACCACCUUCAAAGAAAAUCUCUCGGCCAAGCUUGGUGUUGCACUACCAAAUAUUGAUGCUAGGCAUUUAGUGGCAAUUAUCAUAACCUCAAAAGCUAUUGGAGGCAUCCUAUUCGUAGUUGGAAGUUCCUUUGGAGCUUACAUUUUGCUUUUCUACUUAGCCUUGGUCACUCCAAUUCUUUACAAUUUCUACAACUACAGCCCUGAGAAUCUCCAGUUUGGUGUAAAACGGAUAUUACAUGGUGUACUUCUGAGUGACUUCCUUCAGAAUGUGGCACUUUUCGGUGCACUGCUGUUCUUCCUUGGGAUCAAGAACUCACUUCCAAAGAGGCAAAUCAAGAAGAAGUCUCCCAAAUCGAAGACGGCAUAGGUAGAUGAUGCAGGAAAGAAUCAACCAACAGAGAUUAUUGGAAUUGUUUUAAAUAGUGUUUUUUUUUCUUGAAAUUUUUAGGGUUAGAAGAAGUGGCUGCACCUGCAGCAUCAGAAACCUUACUGCUGGAUGUUAAUCACUUGUCUGUUUUGUAAUUCUUUUUAGUUUUUUUUUUUAUAUAUAUAUGUAUAUAUGCUUGCUCCCCGUUCUGGGUUGCAAGAAGUGAACAAGUUAACGCCACGUGUUUCUUCAUUUUAAAUAUUUAGAUCAAAGAAAAAUGAAGAAGAAGAAGAAUUUUUUUUAGUUAUAUAAAAUCAUGUGGAGC